ACCAUGUUAGCCAGGAUGGUCUCGAUCUCCUGACCUCGUGAUCCACCCGUCUCGGCCUCCCAAAGUGCUGGGAUUACAGGCUUGAGCCAUCGCGCCGGGCCAGAAGCACUGAUUUGAUGGGAUUUUAUGGGAUUGGUGGUGAAGGCCUGUGAGGUGAUCGAAAGGGGAAGCCGGUGCCUGGAGCCUGACAGGCAGGAGGCCUGGUGUGGGGUCUCUGGAGAGGGUCCAGGUGUGAGGGAAGCUGGGUCAGGUCCUCGGAGACGCGGCGUUUGGAGGAGGAGACGGGAACCGGGUGGACCUGGCAGCAGGUGGGGGUGGGCGGAAGCAGCAUUUGUUGUGGUCGGGCAGACGGGGCCUGUGCCCCCACAGCCUCUGUGGGUGGAAGGUGCCAGAAAUCUUGAAGAGUGGCUCUGGCCAGCUCUGUGGGCCCGGUCAGCACCCAAGUGGGGGCAGAGAAGGGGCGGGAAGGAGGACAGGAAGGAUGGUGUGUCCAGGGGGCAGGGAGCCUUGGUCUGGCCUGGGGGCUGAACCUGCCUCAGGCCCUGAGCAAGGAGGGGCCACAGGGCCAUCUACUUCCUCCUGCCCCCUGCAGAGGCGGCCCAGCCCCCGCAGCGUCUGAGGCUCGGCUGCCGGCUGCCCGUGUCUGUUUGUGGCCCGUCUCCCUCUGUGCCCGUGUCAGACCCCAGACCAGCAGACACAGAAACCGCAGGGACGGCUGGGCAUAGCCAGGAGCCUGCCCCGCCCCCACCCCGCCCCUGCCCCCACACCCCCACCCCUGCACCCCCACCUCCACCCCUGCCUCCACCCGCACCCCAUCCCCACCCCACCCACUCCCACCCGCACCCCCACCCCGUCCCCACCCGCACCCCCACCCCCACCCCCGCCCACAGACGCUGUGCAGUGAGCAGGGCAGCAUGGGAGAGGGGUCUCCAGGUGGGAGGGACCGUUCUGUCUGAGAGCCUGGCAGACACCAGGUCUUUGAGAAGAGGAGGAGCUGGGCAGGGAAGUGGCUCCCGGAAUGCCAUCCUGGAGACAGAGGCCCUUGUCCCCCACCUCAGACAGGCAGCACGCGGGGCCCUGGGGGCUGUGGCUGCUGUCCAGGCCUUCCGAUUGGACUACCCCGAGGGAAGGUCCCCCGCAGAUGGGUGGGGGCAGAGGCCGAGCGGGGCGGGCAGAGGGUCCACGUCGGCCCCACUCUGACCCGGUCCUUGACCGCCUGGCCAGGACACUUCGGCCCCCCAGGUGCCUACCCCAGGCCCCAAAGCCAGUGGCUGCUGGACUCGGCAGGGCUGGUGGGUGGGGCUCACCUCAGCCCCUUCCCUCUGGCAAUGCUGCCCUCAGUGCCCCAGGAGGACGAGGCCCCCCAACUCUGAGGCCCCCAGCGAGUCCCAUGCAACCCCCAGCCGGGUGGCCCCAGACCCAGCUCGGGCAGCCGUGGCCAUCUUACUGGGCAGCAUUGGAUGGAGUCAGGUCUCUAAUACUGCCUGGUAAUGAUGACGGCGGGGCCCUGCACGCAGCGACUGGCCGACCCCGUCCUGGGCCCAGGGCCUCCCACCGAGCCCCACGCUCCCCCCUCCCACAGCCUGCUCACCCGACCCCACCCCAUCCGGGCCAGAAGGCUCUGGGGAGAGUGAUGGGAGGUCGUGACCUUGGGAAAGGGGCUGGGGCGCCCCCACCAGCCUCUCAGAGACCCCGGAAUGCAGUGCUCCCUGCAGCUGCACCCAGGGUGCUACACGGUGAUCUGGGGAUUAGGACGCUCAGGUGCCCGGGCAGGUGCUGCUGCCACACCCAGCAGGUGUGGGCCGAGCAGGACCCAACAAAGGGCUCAGGAGGGCAAGGCCCAGCUGGGAGCCACGUGGAACCCAGAGGAAGCCGCCCCACCCAGCUUGAGAGUCCACCCAGCCUGGCUGCAGCCAUCUUGCCUCCCGCCGGACAGGGUGGGCCAGCCACAGAGCAGACCAGCCCCCCCAUGGCCCCGGGUCUGCGGCCUCAGGGUCCCCUUGCCCUGGAGGAAGCAGGGAGGGUGGCCCUGUCUGCAGUCUUAGGGCCGCCAAGCCCCUUUCUGCCAGCCCUGUCCGGUCCCGGCGCCACUCCUGGCUGCUCACCUCUCCGGGUCUUCCCUGGACUUCCACAGCGGCCCCUGCCUGCCUCGAGGGAUCCCAUGUCCCUCCCGGGCCCCUGUGAACAUCUUACCGGACAGUGCUGGAUUUCCCAGCUUGACUCUAACACUGUCUGGUAACGAUGUUCAAAGGUGACCCACCGCUCGCCGGGGACCCCACCGAGGCACGUCCGGAGCUCCUACUCCAGAGAUGGGCUGGGGCCGGGGGCUGAGCGGGGCCAGCAGAUGGGUGAGGGCGGAGGGCUGAGCGGGGCGGCAGAUGGGUGAGGGCGGAGGGCUGAGCGGGGCGGCAGAGGGCCUGUGUCAGCUCCAAAGCCCAGCCCCCAGGGGAAGGGCUGGCCUCUGCCGGGGGUGCCCCCAGGUCACUCACACCCAGGCUGGGUCUGACACCUUGAGGACCCCUCGGUGCCUCCACAGGUCACCUGGAGGGCUUCCUGUUCCCCCUCCCGGAGCCCCUGUGCCUCACCCCCCAACCUCCCAGGCUGGGUUUUGGGGUGACCUGGCUCCAGGAAAGGCCAUAGGGCCAGGAUGCCAGGGCUGGAGAGGGAAGAGGAACAGUGGCCUCCCUCAGGCGGUCCAGGCUCCAUGGAGGGUCUGCUGGGGGUGCGGAAAGGACAGGGUGGGUUCAGAUUCCUGAGCCCCACCACGCGGGGGAGCGGGGACGCUCCGUGCUGUCCUGGUGCGAGGCAAGGGGUCUCAUUCCUUCCCCCGGUCAACAAGAACGGAAACUUUGUCCAAAACCCACCAGGCCAGGAUUACCUGUUGUUUAAUCCUUUUGGUCUGCAACCGGGGAGCCUGGGACUGCACCCCCACACAAGGCCCCAGCCUGGGGAGGGGGCGGCCACUGGGGAGAGGCUGCCCUUCGCUGUAACUCAUUAACCUGACCCAGCGUCAGGGAGCCAGUGAGCGGCUGCAGGGAGCCUUUGCCAAGCACAGGGCCAGGUGACCAGAUGGCUCCCGGAUACCCCCACACAGACGGGCUGGGCUGGGACCAGGUGCUGGGAUGGAGGCUGCCAGGUAGGCACGUCAGGGGCUCGUUCUGCAGACCCAGGAGGGAUCAAGGCAGCUGCAGGAGGUGGGGGGAGCCACCCCCAGGGCCUUCCCUUCACAGGCCCUGCAGACACCAGCCCAGGACCCGGAGGCUGCCCACACCACCGCCGGCCGAUGGGCGUCUUACCAGACAUGGUUAGACCUGGCUCUCUGUCUAAUACUGUCUGGUAAAACCGUCCAUCAGCGGCCUGAUCGCCGUUAGAGGAGAGAGCUGCCUGCCCUGCAGCUCAUCAGUGUGAAGCCGCCUCAUCCAGGGCUCUCGUGCCCCCUUCACUAUGGCCUGUGCCCACCCGCAGCUCAUCAGUGUGAAGCCGCCGGGGUCUGGGGCUGUUGUGCACCGCCCCCCCCACCGCCAUGGCCUGCGCCCACCCAGCCUCCCAGGGACCUCAAGCUGUAGUCCCUGGGCAGAUGCUGUGGGCCCCAUGGUAUGGGCCUGGCCCCACCCCACAGCCCUCAGCCCCCUCCCCACCUGGGGAGGCCGAGACUGAAGCAGCUGGGUCCCCCAAAGUGCCUGAGCCCAGGGCAGGGAGCACAUAUGCCCGGCAGGGACAGCAUCACAACCUCCCAGCAGCCAGGCAGCAGGACCUAGAGACCUCUGGGAGGUUCCUGGGGCCGGCCCUGAGCCUCGUCCUCCUGGGGCCGGCCCUGAGCCUCGUCCUCCUGGGGCCAGCCAAGGACCAGCCGUGGGGUGCAGACCACAAUUUCCCUCCAGGGACCAUCUCUGGGGCUGAGGCGGGCGGGGCCAGUGCCCAGCUGCAAGGCCAUGGGAUAGGGAAGGCAGGUGCUUGGGGCCUCGCAGCCCUGCACUGGGGACCCCUCCACUCCAGGCGGCUCACAAGGUGCCAUCUGGAGCUGUCCCCAAGCGGGGCUCUGCAGGUUGAGCCCCCCACGCUGGGGCCAUCACCAGAGCCUCUUUCCUCCCUAGGGAGAUGGGGCAGUCCCCGCAGGGCUGGCCAAAACCACCCCACAGGCUGCUGCUGCCUGAGCAAUGUGUGUGGGGAAGAACUUGGAGUGCCACCCCCAGAAUGUGGCCUCCGCCUCACCAGACCCCACAGGUGAGCCCUGGACUGCAAGGUGCAUGUAACACAAGCUUUGGACGAAGCUGGAGAGCUCGGGCCACGCAGGGCCACACCUGUGAGCCUGAGCUCGUCCAACGCCGCCCAGAGCUCGGGGACCUUCCGCAUCCCAGCACCUCCUCGCCGCUGUGCCCGUCUGGCCAGUCCCUCCAAGCACCCCUUGGAUGAAGAUGCACCCCACACUGCAGUGGGGCUCACUCUCCACAGAGCCUGCUGCGUUGUACAGGGUGUGACAGGAAGGACCCUGCUGGCUGGCGGGGCAUACCCAGAUCCUCCCCGCACGCUUCCUCCUCCUCCUCCCCCCCACCCCCCGUAAGCACUGGGAACAAAACAGAAAAAAGUCUUUGUAUAGUAAUAAAGCCUGCAAUUCACACACC